CGCUGUGCGCAUGCGCAAAUUAUAUUGUUAAAAUAACAAUUCUGUAAGUUUUGAAAUGCUAAUCGGAUAUUGGCUGUAUCAUUUAGCGGUUCUGGGCAACCUACGUAUACCAUAACGUAGCAGGUCAUCGAAGCUCACGACUUUGAACCCAUUGAACUUUAUACCAAAUCAGGGGCUAGGGGGUUACUACGUAACGAAACCGUCAUGUAGAUUAUUCUUCCUGGUUUUUGAACGGUUUGAUCUUCUCCUUUCUGGACAGGAUACACAGAAUUAACUUCAGAAUGGCGAGCAACUCUGGAACAACUGGUAAGAUGAGUAACAAUUCCCGACGAAAGUUCAUCGAGACGAUGAUUGCAGGGAUCUCGGAGAACAGUCAGGAUGACUCUAUGGCAGAUGUGGACAUUAUUGUGGAGGAUGAGAAAUUCCCCUGUCACCGACUCAUCCUUGCCACAAUGUCACCCUACUUCAAGGCUAUGUUCCACUCGGGAAUGGUGGAAACCCGUGAAAGAUCUAUCACAAUCCCAGGAAUAUCUAAAUCAGCAUUUGUGCAAGUGAGAGCAAGCAUGUAUGGCAGUGACUACAACAUCACAGCAGAUAAUGCUUUGGAACUGCUCCAUGCUGCAGCUCUGUUUCAGAUCAUCCCCUUACAAGAGGCAUGUGAGGAGUUUCUUGCUAAAGAGAUGGACAUGGAGAACUGUCUGAUGCUUUUCAAAGUUGCCCGGUCCUGUAAUUGUAAAGUCUUACUGGAGAGAUGUAGACCUUUUGUUAUGGAGGGCUUUAAUGGCCUAUGGAAAUCUGAUGAAUUUGAGACUUUGGAUUUGGAGGAUUUGGAAAGUAUUGUUCGAGAUGAUGAUCUUGUGCCAGUAGAUGAAGAGCAAAUUUGUGAAGCAACGUUAAAAUGGGUGGAGGCGGAUUUAGUCAACCGUAAAGAGUAUCUUGGACGUUUAUUUAGACAUAUAAGACUUGUUAAUGUCAGUCCAGAGUAUCUGUUAGAAGAGUUGUACAACAAGGAACUGUUAUUGAAUGAUGAAAACUGUAAACGUUAUCUGGACGAGGUAAGAGACUACCAUAUACUGCCAGCCAGACGACAUGAGUUUGCAUCAGGCAGGUUCCAUCUUAGGAACAGUGAUGACUUUGAGGAGGUGAUUCUGGCAUUGACAGAAUAUGACAUGGAAAGAUCGGGAUCUUUCUAUCAGGAUGGGAAAUGUCUUUGGGCCUACAGUCACCAUCAGGGACGCUGGUACACCCUUGCUCCAAUCCCUCUUCAGCAAAACCCAGGCACCGACUUUUCUGUUGUGUCAUUUCGCAAUGACUUGUAUCUCACUGGGGGGACUUCCACCCUGAAGAACUUGCUGAAGUAUGACUCGGAUCGUAAUGAAUGGGCUCAGUGUGAUGCCAAUAUGAAGCGGGGUCGCUACAACCACAUGAUGGCUGCUGUCCGGGAAAGUGUCUACGUCCUUGGUGGAUACAAUGCUAAGAUGGCAGAAGGAAACAAUGUACAGGGAUCAAUAGAAGAGUACAAUGUAAACUCCCGUCGCUGGCGAACAAUGGGAGAGCUGAUCACUUCAGUCCAGUGUGCUGCUACAGUGGCCAUUGGGGAGAAGAUUUACAUCUUGGGGGGAAAGCAGGAGGAUGGGUCACACUAUGAUGGCAUCCAGAUAUUUGACACCCGGCAACGAGAAACAAAAGUACAGGCUGGCAUCUUAAAGGGUUUAGCCCAGCCCCUCAGAGUGAUUCCUGUCGACGGCAAGGUUAUUAUCAUCACAGCAACUGGUGAGGUGUAUGACUACAGGUACAGCAAGGUGAAGUUGAGUCUGGUCAAGCGCUUGCACCAUGAUUGUUUGCCCAUUUUAGGUGUUGCACAUUAUAGGGGAUAUAUCAUGUUGCUCUCUGCCUCCAAAGACAAGCCACUUGUCUUCUCUAAGCUAUUCAGGUUAGAGCUGAGGUGCUCUCCCACGCGACUGGAUGUUGUUUCUCCAAAAAACAACACCAAGCCAAAACCGAUUCACGCAUGUCUACGUGGUAUUGUCAACAAACAGUUCUUGUAUCAUACCUACUUCCAGUAGCUCCUAUAUAUAUAUAGCAUGUCAUGCCAAGUGGUGUGUGACCAGAAAGAUAGUUAGGUGAAACUUAUAAUGUACUUUUGAUAUCAUAACAUGGACUCAACAACAUCUCUGAUUUUAAAAAGUUGGAAAUCUUGAGUAUACAAGACAUGAUGUGAACGUUCAUUUUACUUGACUGUAAGUUCAGACACGCAGGUUAUACUAAUAUAAAUACAAUAUACACAUUUAUCAUUGUCUUACAGCGGUACUUAGAAUACAUACAUUUCAUUAUUUUGUCACUUAUUACAAAUCCUCCUGUGAUUUGUUUCAUAUAAUUUACAUUCCAAUUAAAGUACAUUUCAAAUCAACCACAUUGUAACAUAUAUAUACAAGUGGAUUAGACAAUCACAGUACAUGUACUAGGUUGGUUAUACACCUAACUGUAAACAGGCUAGUAUGCACCACUCAACCAAUCUUCACUAAUUUCCUGUUUAGUAUGUAGCAAGUGAAUUGUACAAUAACUGGAUAAUAUGAAUCAUAGUGGCAUGAACAUUGUAAACCUAUAAUGUCAGUAUGUCUGACCUAGUUUCAGUUCUGACCAGACAUAAUUCUGUUAUUCUUUCGAUGUGUAUUGAACUCCACCCUGUUUAUUUAUUUUACUAAUAUGGUAGUGAUCCUUUCAGUAUGCUCUACCUUUACUUUAAAUGAUCUUGUGAACCCUAACAUCUCUUAUAAGUUCAGAUGAGUAUACAGUGUACCAGGUCUAACUUGUAUGGAAAAAAUCAGUGGGAAAUUUUUAGUUUUGAAGAAAGUUUUGAUGAUUAAUUUGUUAAUUCCUACAAAAAACCUGGAUAUAGCUUAUCUUUUAAUUACCUUUGUAAUUUGUCUUGUUUCUGUUGUACCUCUGGAUGUACCCGUACACACUAAACCAUAUGUAGUUGUAGUAGUGUUAUUUCCUUGUUAAAACCGUACCACUAAUAGCUAUAGCUCUGGUUGUUUUGGUUUGGCUUACAGUCUAAUGAGAGAGCACCUAACUUCUAACAGCUUGUACUAAAAACUUAACACUGUCACUAUUCUGUCUUUUCGUAUUGCAGAGUUAUCUGCUCUUGUGAGCAGGUAUUGAUUGUUAAAUUACA